GCUCUCGGCGUAUUUGAAAAAAGACAAUAUCACGGUAGCGAACUAUGUGUGGUUGAUCAGCAAAACUUUUUCGAGAGCAAAUCCAUUUUCUUCUUUUUAUAAUGUGAAACGAUUUAGGAACGGCCACGGGACUGUAGACGGGAACACAUCCCCUACAGAUCCCACAUUUUUUAAAUCUCUCCCCAAAUUCUCACAUUCCUCGGAAUCGGAACCCUUAAUUUCAUCAAUGUCGUCCUCCUCGUCGGUGAAAUUCUCCGUCGGUUACAGCACCUUGUCCUCUCCGCCCGCCGCCACGAUCCCGGUCAUUUCCGCCGAAGCUCCUCCAUCUCUCUCCAGUUCCUCCUUCCUCGAACGCGCGAAGAACACCACCCAAUCACUAAUCGCCACUCAGCGGCCAUGGCGCGAGCUCUUAGACUUCUCCGCCUUCUCUCUCCCGCUCGGCUAUGACGACGCCAUGGCCAGAAUCCGCCAGAACGUGAACUACUUCCGUGUCAAUUACGCCUUGGUGAUGCUCAUCAUCGUUUUAUUCAGCCUCUUCUGGCACCCGAUUUCGAUCAUCGUGUUCUUGCUCGUCUUCGUCGGCUGGCUGUUCUUCUACUUCCUCCGCGACGACCCUCUCGUCCUCUUCAACCAGACGUUCGAUGAUAAAAUUGUGUUGGGCGUUCUGAGUAUUGUUACCAUAAUUGCUCUUGUGUCUACUGAUGUGGGAUCCAAUGUGUUGGGAGCUUUGAUAACGGGGGUCGUCGUGGUAGGAUUGCACGCUGCGUUUCGGAUUACGGCCGAUCAUUUUCUCGAUGAGGAGACCGCCGCCGGAGGUGGGUUGCUGUCGGUGGUCGGGAAUCAGCAGCCACAACGGGGUUACACCCGGAUUUGAUUCUUCAAUUCUUCUGAGAUUUGUGGCUAUUUCGUUGGGUAUAUCUGGACAAGAUUUGCGGCACUGUUGGCAAUCGCCUCGAACUUCAAGUAAGAAGGUAGGAUUCGGUUCCUUAUUGCUUGUUUGCUUGCUCGGAUUCAUCGUCUCAUUGGAAUCUGAUUUUUGGGUUUUGAUUAAAGGUCUUGAAAUUCAUUUGUAGGGUUUAUUUUUGAGUUUUUGGCUUGGAUUGUCAGUGUUGUGGGGUAGAAAUUAGAAUUAUGGUGGGAUUAGAGCAGAUGCUGGAUUUGUUGCAUCAAAUUUUCUAGCUGAUUUCAUUUCUUUGGUUUGAUUGGAUUCUGGGAUGCUUGAUUUCUUGAAUUUUGCCGUCUGUUCUUCUUCUUCUUCUUCUCUGAUUUUGGAGGGCUUCUUUUAUCAUACUCGUGUUAUGAUCAAGAAUGGCUUCAGUCCAAGUUUGCAAAAGAAACCAUGAGUUUGCGAUUGUUGUACAA